AGCGAUACUCCCAUGUGAUAUGACCUUGAUUCCCCACUUGGAAAAGAUGUUGCUAUUACUGUUUGUCUUGUCACCGACCAUCGUUCAGAAAGACCCUUUCAUUAUUCGUGGUUUACGUGGUAUCUGAAAGUGUCUUGUUGUCGAAUGAGGAAGACCGUGCCUGAGUUCCCCCGUAGUUUCUGUAGUGAUAGUAGGGAACAACGCGCCCACCCGAGCGAGUUGUUCCCGAACCACCACUGGUUGUUCAUCUCCAUAGACGGAGCCGUUGCAAAGUAAGAUGUCGUGCGCGUAGUCACAAUCCAUCGGCACAGGGAAAAAUCUUCCACGUCUCAAGCACAACUCUCCCAUCUUCCUUCGCCGCGUAUCUGUACCAUGGUGGAUCGGGAUUCCUUUGACCGCACGACGCGGGAAACGCGUCAGCAGUUUAUUGUGGAGGACGCGAGUUACAAUUCGGAUUUGACGAACCAAAACGAGGACCACGACGACCUGGUGCUCCUGUCCCGUUCCCCGCCGAUCUCGCAGCAAACGGCGGAAGAAAACAUGUUCAGCGAAAACAAUAUGGAAAACGACCAGAACUCGUCAAAUCUGAACAACCGCAACAACCGUUCGCCCACCAGAAAUACUUCUGGCAGCUUGAUGAAGUCCAAUUCCCUCCUCGAAGAACCGCAGCACGCUCCGGUGCCGGUAGUCUACCGGCGGUUCUUGAAUUUUUCGAACACCGACUCGCACUACGUGUUCCGCACCGUGGACCAUGUGUCUAGCCUGCUACAGGUGCCCGUCACCGCGGAGGUUUCGCCGUUGUACCAUUCCAUGCUCCGGCCGCCGGGCAACCGGAUUUACGAGGAGGGGUUUUACUCCGCCUCGAUGAUGCAGCAAAAGACGCACUUGGCGAAGCGCUGGGCGUUAUCCUCCGUGCCAAAGACGGGGGCGGAUACGCCUUUCGUGACCGCAAAGUUGGAUUUUGGAUCUGCGGUGUUGAAACUGUUGGAGCAGUUUCCGAUUGAAAAAUUCUACGGCUGUUCCGCAUUACUAGCGCACCAAGCAGGGACGCCGGUGGAAAAUUCGGUCGCGGAUACGGUGCUGUUUUGUUGGGAGCUGAAGCGGGAAUUCGUGCAGAAAGUACUUUAUGGUGUCUUUGUAUAAAGAGUACUAGUGGAUAGGAUGGUUCCGUUGAUUUCUCAAAUUGUCUUCUCCUAUGCAUGACAGAUUGGUCGACGUGUCCAGAAUGGAUGCGGUUGUCGCAACAUCGGAAAUUCAUAAGAACUGCAAGUUGCAAAAAUACCCAACCACAAAAACAAAAACAGGGUCGCCUCGAGCUCGCUAAAGGUUUCGUGUACAACGCGAAGAGUUUCGCGAAGACGCCGAUGCUGGAGGUGAAGCCUCGUUUUAUCCCCGACAUGAUCGCGCGACACCCCUACGUGUACGAGGUGAUUGAUACCAAAUCCGACUCGGUCAUGCUCACCUUCGACCCCUGGACGCAGCACCUCGGGUCGCAGCGCUGGGCGAUCCGGAAGGCCUCCUCCGGGGAGAUCCUCGGGGAGCUGGGCGACGGCGUGGAGCAGAUGAUCCCGCCGGCAAUUCCGACGCAGUUGGAAUUCUUGCAGGUCUGGGAGAUCAAAGUGCCGCCUGGCGCGGUGGACGUGUCCUUGCUGCUCGCGGUUUCGAACUGUUUUCGGGAGUGCCUGAUCCAAAACAACAUCAACGCGUACCCAAAGAUCCUCGUGAAGGAACUCCCGGAGUCGGACCGGAUGGUGUUGGGUGACGGGGUUUUGAACACGGAUUUGGACAGAUUGAACAACUUAGGUGCGGUGAAUGACAACGGGUUUCUUGAGCAAGACCCAAACGAAGACCAAUUGAACAGACUAGAACGGCAGAACAUGAACCCGAAGACGCGCCCCUUCAAAGGCGUCCGGGACCACUUCUUCAGCAACGCGUUGUUGAAAGCGUGCGAGUUCAUCAACAUAGACCCCUCGGAGAUCGCGUCGGGCGGGCCCGGGGCGCUGCGGACCGUGAAUCUGUUAGCGGAGCAGAUUGAGCAGCGGAAUCCGGAGGUGUUAGAGGCGUUUUCGAAUUUCGACCAGCAGGCGUUUGCGAACCAACAGGAACAACUACAGAUGAGCAACGACCCGGUCGGCGCGCUCACCAGUCCGAUAGAACACCAGCAAGCGGGGCUGUUGAACGGGGGCAGUGCGUUGUCCGUUCUGGAACGAGUGGAGUCCCAUCUGCAACAGCAGCUGCAACGAGGCGCGUCGGCGACGAGUAGUGGUUUGCUUGCUGGAGAUCACAGAAGCACUACUGUUGGUGUUGCUCCUCGGGGUCAGCAUUCCAGCAUCCUCCGCGAUGACGCGUUGUUUCAGACCACGCGUGACCAUCCGACGAUGCACCUGGGAGAUUUUCUCUCGGACCACGAAUUCGACCACGAGCUACAGUCCUCCACGUCGCAACAGGUCUUCUCCUCACCACUGCUCUCGCGGACGCAGACCGGAGGUGCAGCAGGCAAUGAUCAUGCCAUGUUCACGACCGUCCGCAGUCGGGAUUCGGGUAGCGGAACAAACACAACUAGCACGAGACAGACCAGGACAACGACUGGAGCAGCUAAUCACCCUGCUGCAGCUCCUCCCAUACGGCCGCGGAGCGUGCGUUUCAACCGGCGCGCGAGCCAGCCGAACGACGAGACACUGGGGCUGUUGAUGCAGGGUGCGGUGCCCCAGCUGCCGCCGACGGGGGACUUGGCCGCAGCACUGAAUAAUGCUGGUCCACCACCAGCACCGACGUCGAGGCAGUUGUUUCCGGCGGAGCAGAACUUUAUGCCGACUGCGACGCCCAUGAAUCGAGGGACGACCGCUUUAAGCCCGAUGUCCACCAUGAACGAACCGGGGUCGCCGCAGCCGCGCCGCGCGUUGCCGCGUAGCAUCCGCGGGAGUGAAAACUUUUUCACGGAUCCGCUGUUUCGCUCGAUGCGGGACCAUUUUCCCGGGGAUCCGACCAUCCCGCCGAACAGCGUUGCCGCCGACCGCAUUGCGAGGGCGACCGCCAGGCGGAGCUCGGGCGGGUUUUCGAACUACAGUGGGAUCGGACCAACAGGGUCGUCUUCCGGAGGUGGUGGUGGAGCGCCAGUACAACACGGUGCUGGAACAACCACCCUGUCAUCUACUUCCAACGCGUCCUUUCGCUCACUGGGAACAACAGCAGGAGGUGGACAACAAUACGGCCAUCAACCCGGCGGUGCAACUGCCUAUUUCGACGCGAUGACAGGCUCGUCGUCUGCUUCCCUGAUAGGCGAAAUAGAGGAUCAUGAACAGAUAGGAUUUUUGAGCCAGGAGCGUGCUGACGGCCCGGAUGAUCCUGUGGACAACAUGCGGUCCUCGUCCACACAUCACUCUCGGCCGCCUGGUGGGCAGCACAGUCCGCGGCGCUCUUCCGCGGGGAGAACCUCAAGCCGGCUAGUUCCGAGCGCGCCCAGCUCACCGGGGGCGGCUCUCUCGCCCGCGCGUGGUUUUUCCAGGGCGCGAACGAGUAGGCUGGUAUCCAGCCCGGAGUUUGUCGCUGCGGAGGCGGGGUACGACAUUAGACAGAUUGAAACCCGGAUCUUCGCGCUGGAAAGGGAACGGGAACGACAACAACUGGUGGACCGGGUUGUGGAACGGAUGAACAGUCCGAGAACCUUGGAGGUUGGUUUGGACGGUGCUUUGAGCAGUAGUGCUGUUCCUGGGCAUCCGACCAGUCUGGAAGAAAACAUUCUGUUUGGUUUAGGCCUCGGGCUCAAUGGCAGUAGACCUGGGAACGAGUCCGGUAGCAGGGCGGGCAUAAAUAAUACAGGUUCUUUCACGUCGAUGAACCCUACUACUUCAUCUAUUCCUUACAACCCGGCCAGGCGACCCAGCGGGACGCGCAGCAAUUUCCCUCACCGGGGCAGCGGCAGCCCACAAGCCUCGCCGUACUCCUCCGGGUAUCGGGUGCGGCCGAUGAUGGAUCAUGAGUCGCCGAGUUUUGAGGGCGAGGAGCAGGAGGAAGCACAACUCCUCUUGAACCGCACGACGUCCGGGAACGCAUCCUUCAGCGCUGCCGUCCCACUAAGCGGAAGUACGAGCAGCUUCCGCUCUACAACUACCGGAGUUGUUGGGCUAAGGUCUUCUAGGACAGGCACGCCUUCUGUGUCUGUCCGCGCGCAACAGAGCCAGAGUAGUAGUACUAUCGACGCGCUGCAUGGGGCGUUGGCUCGGCAGACAUUGAACUACCGGAACCGCGACGUCGCGCGGGCGAGCCUGAAUGCGCUGGAGAGGAGACGCACGGGAAAUAUGGCCGGUGGCGGGAUCAACCUAGGCGGGGCCGACCCGACGUCCGGCGCCGCGAUGCAGUCGUCGCGGCCUUCAUUUCCAGGCAGCGGGGGUGGAAGUAGUAGUGCUACUAGUGGCAGAAACUCGAUCGGUCCGCGGGAAGCAAUGUUGCGAGCGAGAAUGGAGCGUGUGGCUAGACAGAACAACGCGUCGGAGCGGGACACGGUCAGAGGGUCGCGGGUGGUGUUUGACCCGGCGGCAUGAUAGAUAAACUUUUAUCAACAUGAAAAGUUGUAGACCGUUGCUUCUGACCUCCUUGAAGAUGUCGGCUGUUGAUCCUGUUCCUCUUUAGAUAUAAAAGUUUGAAUGGGAUUAUAAAUAAACGAGAUUGGAAGAUGUUUGAGUUCUAUGAUUUCUCGUGGCAUUGAUGAAUCGAUCCGAAGAAAGCCACAACUCGAUAUGUUAGUUUCUGCAGCCUAUGUCUAUUGAGUGCUUUGGAUGUUCGCAAAAGCAGUAGAGGGACUCAGUGCUGCAAACGUACGUUGAUCGUUUUGGAAUGCAAAGCGGCUCGAGCUGCUGUGCGAGGG